AUGAUCAUCUCUUUCACAUCACAAUCGGUGCUUGCUCAUCCACUACAACAAGAAAUCAAUUCCAGUGAGACUGAAUCACAAACUCCUGUGGAAUUACUCUAUUCCUUUAAUUAUAUCAAUUUUAAUUUUACAUCGGAGAAGGCUCGACAGGAAUAUUUGAAUGAACAAAUUUAUAAGAAUGUCAUGUUAGCUGGAGUCAAAGUCGAUGCACAAGGAAAUUUGUAUGUUUCGAUGCCAAGAUGGAAAUCUGAUAAAAUUCCAGCAACAUUGGCCAAGAUUUCACUUUCAUCAUCAUCCAAUGAACCUCCACUCUUGGAACCAUUUCCUAGUUGGGAAUGGAAUGAUGUGAACAAUGCAACCUUUGGAUUACAAAGUGUUUUGGGUUUUGAAAUUGAUGGUCAACAGAGAAUGUGGAUUUUGGAUCAAGGAAAAGUUGCAGGAAAAAAAGCGGCUGAGAGUAGCAUUAAAUUGGUCGUUUGGGAUUUGGUGAAGAAUCAAUUGAUUGCAAAAUAUCAUUUCACAGAAGAGGAAGCUUCUCCUACAAAUUCAUUCCUUAAUGACCUUGUGAUUGACACACAACAAAAUAUUGCUUAUAUUAGUGACAGUGGUAUUCCAAUUGAUAAUCCACAAAACGAUCCAUCUAUUCAUGCACAACCUGGAAUUUUGGUGAUUGAUAUUGAUACCAUGAAGGUAAAGCGAUGGUUUGAUGGAUUGCCACAAGUGCAGGUCGAUGAGAGUGCAUGGCUUUAUGUCAAUCGAAAGAAAUGUCUUGAAAAAUCACCAAUGAAAACUGGUGUAGAUGGAAUUGCACUCAGUUGUGAUGGAAAUCGUUUAUAUUGGACUCCUCUCUCAUCUAGGAUGUUAUAUGGAAUUGAUGCCAACUUGUUAAUCAUGUAUCCUGCAAAUACUUCAUUGGUGAAUAAUAGAAUUAUCAAUUUUGGAAAUAAGAUUUCAGCCAGUGAUGGGUUUGCAGUGUCAUCAGACUCUGUUUUGUAUAUGACUGCCAUUGAGAAUAGUACAAUUUACGAAGUGGAUGAAGAGGGACUUGCAGAUGUCAUUGUUGGGAAAACUAAGCUCACAGAUUACACACUGAACAAAUUUAUGAGAAAUUCACUUUCGAAUAGAUCCUUGACUGAACUUGACAAUGAAUUUGUUUGGCCAGAUACCAUCGGAAUUGGAAAUGAUGGAUACAUGUAUUUUGUGACCAACAAUUUGUGUGAUUUCGUUCAAGAUUUUAUCUCGAAUUGGACAAAGCCAAACUUUUUCAUUCACCGAAGAUACAUUGGUUUCAGCUCGUAUGUGAAUGGUUGUGAAAACAGCCAUUUGGAACUUGGUGCAAAGGAAUGGGCCGUGAUUGGAACCUUGCUUUCAGCAUGGGUUGUAGGUUUAGUGACUAUUAUUGUCGUGGUGUUUAUCAUGAACAAGCGCAAGAAGAAAAAGGAAAAUAGAAAUGCCUAUGCAUCAUUACCUAAUAAUUAA